AUGGAAAAACUUGAGUUGAAUUCAUUUGAGCAAACCCCAGAAAUGUUGCUUCCUGACACACACAGUUGGGGGGUGUACUGCGAUAAUCCCCAAAAUCAAGAAACGGAAGAGGUUUCAACCAAAGAAGCUUUAGCCGAUUCAAUGGUUUGUGACGAGGGUUCAAGAUUGGUCCCAAAAGGGUUCACGAAACCCAAUUGUACAGAGCAAAUAGUGAUUUUCAUUAGUGCGGGUGCUGAGGCUUCAGCUGAGUUGGAUUCCAAUGUAAACCUUUUAGCUGAUGGCUACUUCCAAGGGGGAGAUACAUUUCAAACAGAGGACUACAUAAAUGAGGGGGGUGACUACCCAUUCAUUUACCAGUCAGCAAGAUUAGGAAACUUCAGUUACUGCAUCAAUAAUCUUCCUCCCGGAGAUUACUGCAUUGAUCUUCACUUUGUGGAGAUUAUAAAUGUAUCUGGGCCCAAAGGAAUGAGGGUUUUCAAUGUAUUCAUGCAAGACGAGAAGGUUCUAUCUGAUUUUGAUAUAUUUUCAAUUGUUGGAGCCAAUAAGCCCUUGCAGCUAGUCGAUGCAAAUGUUUCUAUCAAGGAGGAUGAGCCUUUGAUAAUCAGGUUUGAGGGGGUCAUUGGAAGUCCUAUACUCAGUGGGAUCUGUGUACGAAAGGCGUCUAUUUCAGGUUCCAGAGGAAAAAGAAAAUAUCUUACAUGUAGCAAUUGUUGCUCUGAGAUUGAGGUUCCAUCAGAGCAGGAAAAAGUAAGGCACAUGAAAUCAACUGCUAAGUAUGAGGAGAAGAUUAAAGAGCUCACUGAGUCAUUGCAGCGCAAGACGGAAGAAUGCUAUCAGUCAUGGAUGUCAUGGACAUCUUCCAAUGAGCAGCUGGAGAGAGUUAGGAUGGAACUAGAUAAUAAAACUUAUAAAACUUAUUCCCUAGAUCAAAGCUUAGAGAAGCAAACUGAGAGGCUGAAUAAUGUCUCAAACAAAUACGAGCAUAAGAGGAAGUUCUGGACUUCUGCCAUCCAUGAACUGGAUCAAAAAGUUCAGAAAAUGAAAGAGGAGCAAAUUAAACUUUCUCGUGAAGCUCAUGAAUGUGUUGAUGGAAUUCCAGAAUUGAAUAAAAUGGUCUUCGCCGUACAGGCACUGGUUGAACAAUGUGAGGAUCUGAAAGUGAAGUACAACGACGAGCAAGUGAAGAGAAGAAAAUUAUUCAACCAAGUUCAGGAAGCAAAAGGAAAUAUUAGGGUAUUCUGUCGUUGUCGUCCAUUAAGCAAGGCCGAAACCUUGGCUGGGUGCUCUAUGGUUGUAGAUUUUGAUACCGCUAAAGACGGUGAACUUGGAAUUCAGAAUAGUGGCUCCACAAAAAAAACUUUUAAGUUUGACCGUGUCUACACCCCGAAAGAUGAUCAAGUGGAUGUCUUUGCGGAUACUUCACCAAUGGUCACUUCAGUUUUGGAUGGAUACAAUGUUUGUAUAUUCGCUUAUGGCCAAACUGGAACUGGAAAGACUUUUACAAUGGAGGGCACUGUCGCGGAAAGAGGGGUCAACUAUAGGACCUUAGAAGAGUUGUUUAAAAUAUCGAGGGAAAGGAGUGAGACUUCUAAGUACAACAUAUCAGUCAGUGUACUAGAAGUCUACAAUGAGCAAAUCAGAGACUUGUUGGAUACAUCUUCAUCAUCAAAGAAGUUGGAGAUAAAACAAGCACCAGAAGGUUUCCAUCAUAUACCGGGGUUAGUGGAAGCUGAAGUUAAGAACAUAGAUCAAGUGUGGGCUGUGUUGCAGACUGGAAGUAGUGCGAGGGCAGUUGGAUCUAACAACGUCAAUGAGCACAGCAGCAGGUCCCACUGCAUUCUUUGUGUAACCGUGAAAGCUGAGAACUUGAUCAAUGGAGAGAGAACCAAGAGCAAGCUCUGGCUAGUUGAUUUGGCGGGUAGUGAGAGGCUGGGUAAAACUGAUGCACAAGGUGAUAGGCUCAAGGAAGCUCAAAAUAUAAAUAAAUCCCUUUCAGCCCUCGGAGAUGUGAUAUCUGCUUUAGCAAAUAAAAGUGGCCACAUUCCUUUCAGGAACUCAAAGUUGACACAUUUGCUGCAAGAUUCGUUAGGUGGCGAUUCAAAGACUUUAAUGUUUGUGCAAAUAAGUCCAUCAGAGAAGGACUUGAGUGAAACUCUGAGUUCAUUAAACUUUGCAACACGUGUUCGAGGGGUUGAACUGGGGCCUGUUAGAAAACAAAUUGAUACCAGCGAGCUACAGAAAAUGAAACUGAUGCUUGAUAAAGUUAAACAGGAAUCUAAAAGUAAAGAUGAAUCAAUCAAGAAGUUAGAUGAGAGCUUACAAAACCUAGAAAGUAAGGCCAGGGGGAAGGAUGCUACUUUUAAGAUCCUACAAGACAAGAUCAAGGAUCUGGAAAGCCAGCUGGAGUCAAAGUCAUUCUCACAAUUGCAGUCAGAGAAGCAAGUUUCACAUCUCUCAGAUAUACUGAAAGGAAAAGACCAAAUAUGUGCUAGUCUUCAAGAAAAGGUCCUCGAGCUAGAGAAAAAGCAGAGGGAGCUUCAGUCUGCGUCAUAUGAGAAAAAGGUAAUUGAGCUUGAAAUGAAGCUGAAGGAGCAACAGGAAGAAUCUGAGUUGCAUUCUUCCAUUCUUCAGGAAAAGGUGAUUCAACAACUAGAAGCAUUCUUAUUCUGUGCUAAAACCUCCCACAUGGAAGCCAUGACAGUAAUACAUGCCUUUCACAUUUUGCAGGUGGAAGAGCUUGAGAACAGACUAAGAAAAGGGGUGGAACAGAAUCCUGAGGCUGCUUUGCUUCAUCAAAAGAUUAAGGAACUUGAAGACAAGAUAAAGGAGCAAGAGCAACAGCUGAGUUGCAGCAUUGUAGCAGACACAAGUGUUGUUAAUUCAACAAAAUCCACCCCUCUGGAAAGGAAGUACUUCGGCAGAGAUGAAAUAAUGAAUGACUCAGAACGUGGUAUUCUUAGAAAUUCGAACACAUUCAACCAGACUCUGAGUCAAGGUCCUCCUACCAGUUCAGUGAAGGUUGAAUCAUCUCUUCAAAAUGUUAGAAGGAAGAGAUUAUCAAGAAAUGGAGAGGAGAACACUGCUUCUGCUGCUGCUGUAUCAAGUGACAAGAAAAGCAGGCAAUCUGACCCGCCUAAGCCAUUUUGUAGGAUUUCAAGAGCUACUACUACAAAGCCUGUGAUCAAUGCUCAAAGAAGGCCUGUCCAAGGCAAAACCAACAGAGAUGCAGUGCAUGGAGUUAAGGAAAAGGAAAACAAAAAAAGGAUCUGGUCAUGAGUUUAAUGACUGAUGAAUCUGAUUUGAUUGUGUUCAAGUUUAGGACAGUAUAUACUGCCAAAUCCAUUCAAGUUAUGUAACUACUUGAUUACUUUUGAGUUUGAAUAUCCAGAAGACUUAUGUGUUAUGCUAUAUAUGAUACAGUACAUAAGUUCUACCCAGUAUUCCGAAAAUAUUAAAAUGUGUUUUUGAUGGCUUGGCUUGAGCAAUAAUAAUUUGGAUCUUAUAAAAUUGUAGUAAAACAAAUUACACACG